AUGUUUAUUCACCAGCUGAUUCCUGGUGAUGAAGAUGACAUCACCCUCCUCUUCCUCAGUCUCUGGAUCUCUCAGCUCCUCCGUCUCUCUGCUGCAUGUUUUAUCAUUUCUCAUGAAUACCAAUGGAGCUCCUGUGAUCACAUGAAUAUCAAACAAACAGCUUCAUCGCGCUCCUCUUCCUCUCUCGGCUCAUUACUGCAGCAGGAGGCCGUCCGGGGCCGAUCCUCUACCCAUGAUGCACCUGGAGAGACGUUUACUGUCACAGUGGUCCUCCAGCAGCUCAUCACGGUUCCUGGUCGGUCCAAAUUAAAGUACGUCCUCCUGACAGGGUGGGAGUUAACUUUGUCCAUGACCCUAAACUCCAUGACUCAGCGUUGAUACUCUCUCCACUUUAACCUUUAACCUUUAACAAAGAGGUUUUCUGACAGGACUGUGACAGCGGACGCUCAGGUUCUUCACCUGGACCUCGGUUCCUGUUCAUUUGAAGUCGACUUUGUCCCCAAAACAAAUGUUGAAAAAAUAAUCAUUUUUAAACAUUUUUUAAAACUUUUUUCAACUCAAUUCUCUGAAACAACUUCAGCCCUGACCAUUAAAAAAGUCACGAAUAAAAAAUUCACUGUUACACCCUUUUUAUGCCAGUUUUCGUGCUCCGUGUCGCUGCUAUUUUAUAUGGUAAAAAAACACAAAAUUGCCAUAUUUCCCUUUUAAAAUGAUGUUGAUGAAUUUUUUUUUGAUAAAGUCAGAUUUAGAGCCCUGCUGAUCGACUGACUGCAAAAAAAGGUUGUAAUAUGUUGCUACGGAGACGUAAACACACGCUCAAAAAAAAACUGUUUUUAAUGGAAGUCAAAGGAGGGUGGGCGGAGCUAGAAUGUGGCGACGAAGAACUACAGGUGACACUGAGUUUUUUUUUUUUAAUAUGAAGAAAAAUAAGAACUCUCAGAAAAUGAGAUUUUCCAGUCUUAAAAAAAAGAUGAAAUGAAAAGACAAAUGUCCUCAAAGCGGACCGAGGAGGAACCGAGAUCAGCGUUCAGGAUCUGGACCUUCAGUGACUUCAGCAGGAAAGAAACCGAUUAUUCACAGCGCGUCUCUCUGUAAAUGUUUGUCUCCGUGUGAUGGUGAGUAAAGAAUUCCCCUCACGAGCAAACUCAGCAGUCCUGCUACACACAUCCUACAAAAUAAAAGCCUUUUUAAUCCCUGAAGGUUUUACAGCCGCAUGAAGAAGACUCAUAAAUAUAUCCCUCUGUUGUAUCUCCAUAUUUCCUCACACACACACACAUACGUCUGUGUUUCUGAAGCUGCGGAGGCGUUGGCGGUUAACCGUCAGAUCUCACACUGAGGAUGUAGAUAUAUAGAUUAUAGAUUUACUUGGUUAACUAUCAGAGGCGGUUGGUGAACAGAUACAACCAUUGUGUUAUUAAAUUAAAGGUAAUUAUACGUAGAAAUACACGACAAAACAAUGUGACAAAUGUUAGGAUACAAGAGAAUAAUCGAGUAUAAUAUCCUACUAACACGUUUGACCUCUAAUGACCCCUAAAGUCCAGUUACUCUGAGCGUCAGCUCAACAGAAACCUUCUGGGAGGGACGAGAGUGAAAGGGUGAAUCAACGCGCCAGGAUCAGCUGAUCUCCGUCAGGUUCAGAGAAAUAAACACUGACUGACAGGAGCGGGGCGGAGUCUGACGACUUCAUAGAUUAAACAUUAUAACAAUCAUAACACAUACGCUAACUGAUUCACAAAUCCAUAACCCUGAACUCUGGGACGUUGGCGGUUUCUCAGGAACUUCAUCGUCACAUGACUGAACCGGUAGAAACACUCUAAAUCAAAGAUCUUUCAGUCUGUUUGCACCUCUGACCCCCAACCUCCACCUCCAUCCUGAUCGUCUCCUAAAAGGUCGUAUCCUCCGAUCGUAGCUGAUCGUAACCAUUCAAGUUAACGUGUCAAUUUACACCGACUUCUUUCCGUUCCUCUGCGGAUCGCCGGACUCCUCAGCUGAUCACAAGAGUUCUAUUUUUUCUGGACGCCGGAGCAUGGCGGAUAAAUUCAGCACAGAUUAACCCGUGCUGGAAAGGAAGUCGGGCACAGACACAAAAUAAAACAUCCGGCUUCUUUUCAAAAUAAAACACAACCUUUUGCUUGUUCGGGCGGAGACGAACAAGUGAAAGGUUUUUAGACGUCAUUUCACCCCGAUGACACCAUGGAUGAGGAGAUGCUGAUUCUAGAAGUCUAGAAGUAGAUUUCCUCCUCUGGAAGGACACAAUCUACUGCUUAUAUGUCUAUGUGUCUGUCUUUAGAGAGACAACUCGUUAUCGUGUGAUUGAACGUGAAUCUGCAGGUUCUUGUGAGUUCUCGCGAUUACCGCUGUCUGUAAUCCACCACGGAAUUUGCAUUACAAAGGGAUCCGGUAGGAAUUGGCGUAUGGCGAAAAUCGCUGCCAUUCCAGAUCGGAACAUUCCGGAUGCGGUGAAAAUUGGGGGUGACAGAAGUAGAGACCUGUGGAAAUCUUCAUCUCUCUUUUAUUUUGAAAUCCUGACUCAGGAUGUUCUUCUUCUUCUUCUGCAGUUUCUUCUCCAUGUGAGAAAACGAAAACAGAAAAAAACGCUAACAGCUUCAUCCCGCCGGCGUCAUCAUUUUUCAGUUUCAGGUUUUUUAAUUUUCUCUGUUCCAGUAAAAGUCGAGGUUCUGACCUGCUCCUCUGCAGCUCCCAUCACGCCUCACCUCAGGACAGAGUGGGCGGAGUCAGGGAAAAUCGCUUCAGUCUUCAAUGAAUACAUAAACAGGCCCCCCGUUUGCCCUCGCUCACUCCGUCCUCCCAUGAUGCCUUGCAGUGCCGUGUUCGUUCAGUUUAAAGAGAAGCGGCGCCUGCAGAGCCCAUUUUCCCUCCAAAACCGACCCCAGACGGUGCCGCCCCCCUCCCGCCCUGCUGCAUGCUGGGAACACACCUUCAUCUUGUCAUUCAUCAGCCGUCCUCGUCCGCUCCACAAGGAGAAACCUUCCUCCUCCUCCUCCUCCUCCUCCUCCUUCCUGUCCCGCGGUGAGUCACAGCUCCGUCCUGUUCUCGUGGAGGAAAGUCAGACAGGAAGCAGCGAGCGGUCGACUCGGCGAGAAUCAAACCUUCUACUCUGAGAUGUGCUGACUCAGCAGACUCCAGAGAACGCCGAGAAAACAGCGACACAGAAAUAUGAUGUCACAUGGUCAGGUGGAUCUACAGCAGUGACCUCCUGACCUCCAAUCAGCUGAUCUGAGAGAGUCUCUGCAGGUCAGCUGACCGUCAAACGUUUACACCGAGACGCCGAACCGACUGAUGCUGAGUCGGUUAGUAUGUUUCCAUGACACUCGAGAAAACCGAAUUAUCGCGUUAGUCCGAUUAAGACCGGACAACUGAAGGUCAUGUAAACACCUGAGUCCGACUAUUAAUGGAGUCGGAGAACUCCGAACUCUGAGGGACGAAGUUUAAAAGACAUUUAAGGGUUAAAAUGAUCGGAAAUAAAACAGACUUUUAUGGUUUUCAGAUGAUUUCAAACCAACUUUGUCCAACAGGUUAGUCACAUGACUCUGGAGUGGGAAUCUACGCAUGGAAAAGGCGAAACGUCUCAACUAAGUCCAGCUGUCCUUUCAACAUAGAAUUAGAAAUCUUUCAGUCCGUUUCCAUGACACUAAAGAAAACCGAAUUAUCGCCUUUUUCCGAUUAAGACCGGACAACUGAAGGUCAUGUAAACACCUUAGUCCGACUUUAAUCAGAGUUCUUAAACUCUGAUCAAGACACCCAGAUAAUGAGAUUGGAAUCCGAUUUUCUCUACCAUGUAACCAGCGUAGUCGGAGUAUGAUCGGAUACAGGCCACGCCCCCAUAACCCCGUAACAAACCCCCAGAGUAGAGGAGUAGCGUUGGUCUCCUCUUUAGAAAAAGUAGCGCGUCCAUCAUGUCGGACAAAAACAACGCUGUACGAUGCUCCAUCUUCUUGUUUCUCCAAAAUGCCCAGCAGCAGUUGUAGACACUUCUGACGUCUGACACCGACCUGCUGUUGUUGUUGAAAAGACCCAUAUCGCCCCCUAGUGUUGUUACUUUUUAAUUUGCUUUAACAGAGCAGCGCACAGAAAAAGAAGUCUGGGCCGGACGCUGAUCAACACUAACUGUCGUUUUCCAUCACGUCCGCCCAUUUUUCCAUUUUCACCUUUAACGUUCAAAAGCUGCAGAUCAGAGGCUGAUCAGUAUCUCUGUAUCCUGUGAAACUUCAUCACAACACGGACAUUUCAAAGAUCUGACACGUCCGGUGAAGCGUUUGAGACGCCUGUAAUCCACCACACGUCUGCGCCUGAAUCAUAGUUUGGAUGGAAAAUGAUGACGGUAAAGUCACAAAGACAAGAAAGUCCAUCAUGGAGCUUCAAACUGCAUCUGAAUAUGAAAAUGAGCAUCAGAGGAAGCAUUUAGGAGACAGUCACUUCAUGUAGAAACACCACAGAAGAAGAAGAAGAGGAGGAGCAGGUAGUGAGACCUGUUAUUUCUGCUCUGUGAGUCAGGGGGAACAAAAAGAAAAGAGCUCAUUACCCCGUCUGAGUGUGACCUUUAUUUACUUUAGUAUUUUUAUUUAUUUAUUUACUUAAAUAAUUUUUAUUUCUUUUUAUUUACUUACUUUUUAUUUAUUGUUAUAUAUUUACUUACUAACUUAUUUUUAUUUUUUUUUAUUUUUAUCUCUACUUCAUUAAUUUAAUUUAUUUCAGUUUAUUUAGUUACAAACUUAUUUUUAUGUUUUUCAUUUUUAUCAAUUUAUUUACUUUAUUAAUUAUUUUUAUUAACUCAUUUAAUUUAUUUUAAUCUUAUUUAUUUAUUAAUUUACUUAAAUAAUUUAGAUUUAUUUUUAUUUUUUACUUAUUUUUUUAUUUACUUACUUAAUACUUUUCUUUAUUUUUAUUUGUUUAUUUUUAUUUAUUUAUUCGUCUGCAGAAAAAGAGCGUCUCUCUAAUAUUCCUAAUAUUUGAUGGAGUAUUCUGAUGUUUGCAGGUUCUGUGAUCUCCCUCUGCAGGGUUUGAAUGACUGUAGGUUCUGUGUGAUGCUCUGUAGGUUCUGGACGGUUUUGCUGGUAGGUUUCGUUAGAGGUUCUGCAGGUUCUGUGUGUUUUGCAGGUUCUUUCCCGGUUCUUUGUUUCUCUGCUGGUUUCAGGAUCUCUGUGGUUCUGUUGGUUCUCAUGUAGAGACGGUUUUUAUUCUGGAGAAAAAAUCCGAGUCUGAGUGUGACCUACAUGAGAGUGAAAACAGAUUAAUUUAGUUUCAUUAACACUCAGCAGAAACUCGCCUCAGUUUUUAAUGACUGUCUUAUCUCCUGGAUCUUCGUCUGAAGAUGAUCUGACCUGCUGAGACCGAAGCACCGUCACCAUAACUCUGUGGAUACUUACUUUUUAUUUAUUGUUAUAUAUUUACUUACUAACUUAUUUUUAUUUAUUUUUAUUUUUAUCUCUACUUCAUUAUUUUAAUUUAUUUUUAUUCUUAUUUAUUUAUUAAUUUACUUAAAUAAUUUAUAUUUAUUUUUAUUUUUUACUUAUUUUUUUAUUUAUUUAUUUACUUAAUACUUUUCUUUAUUUUUAUUUGUUUACUUACUUAUCUUUAUUUACAUAUUUUUACAUAUUACAUAUUUUAUUUACAUAAAGUCACAGUAACUCUGUGGAUAAUGGAUAAAAUCAUCUUGAACCAAACUGAAACAUUUGUUUGUGAAAAGUUAAACCUGUUUUAAAAACCGCAGUACCUCAGGCGUCCACUAGAGGCCGGCUGCAGAAACUCCUCAACUCAAAGAGGCGUGUUUACGUUCGGUGUUUGAGCCUGCGCUGACAUGUUGUAAAAGAACAGCAUCCAUGACCACAGUCUGACCUCCACUCAGGCUGCAGCUUCCUGUUUCCUCAACCUCUUGAUGCUAACGCUAACGCUAACCCUGUCCUGUCUCUGCCAGUCAUGAAUCUGAUCCAUGUGAGACGUCGACUCCGGGUCACUCAGAAACGAGAGGAAUUCAGGAAAUGUCAGAGUUAAUGUUGUUAGGCUGACAGAGAUCAGCUUGUACUGAGAGGACGUCUCGUCCAAUCAGACCUUAUCGCGCUCAAGAUGCUCGCAGACGAUUCGAGCGGAUGUCACUCAGAGUUCACGUGUUCAGGAUGAAGUUUGGUCUUUGUGUGUUCAGAUGAGCCGCAGAGGACCGACGGAGAUCUGAUUCAGCUGCUGGACCCUCACUCCACCUGUUUAUGGUACAAAACGAGGACUGUGUGUGUUUGGUCUUCGAUUGAUCAGAUUCAGAUAAAAAAAUGUGAAUGUGAAAUGUGACCAGAAUGAACUGUGACCUGUUUCCUCGCAGAUCAGGCUGAGAGGGGUCAGGUGUUCAGGGUCAGGUGGUCAGGGUCAGGUGGCCAGGGUCAGGUGGUCAGGGGGUGUCCUGUGGCGAAGGGUCCUCACUUGUACAGUAAAAUAAGCGUGUGCGUGUUUGUUGGUCCAUAUGCUUCGGUCAGCGUGUGUCCAUGGAGACGCCACAGCGACGCUAAUUUACCGUUAAAGAGGCCCCUCAGUGGCCCCUCCCCUAACACACACACACACACACACACACACACGCUCUGGUCCACAGGUGAAUCUGCAGACCUGCUGUUGUAAUUAUCUGUCAUCAGGGACACCCCCCCACUGUGAGGUCAUCUUAAUUAGUCUCAUAUUAACACCCCCCCCACACACACACACACACACACACACACACUUCUGCUCCAGAGAGUAAUCUCAGCAGGACUGAUGACCAUCAGAGUGAACAAUUAGUGUUUCUAUUAGUGUCUGACACACACACACACACACGCACACACACACACACACACACUUAAUUAAUUAGCAGGACAGGGACAUAACGAAGCCUCAUAUAAGAAACAUCACGACACGACUGAGAGCGUCACAAAAUACUGCGAGGAGGAUUAAAAACAGGACGACUGUUCUGUAUCCUCUGUACUCUGUGUGUGUGUGUGUGUGUGUACUGUGGUGUGUACUCUGUGCAGUACUUCCUUCACUCUCUGUGUGUACUGUACCCUGUAGUGUACUCCCUCAGGUUGUUUUUGUGUACUCUGUGUGUGUACUCUCUGUGCGAGCCCUCGCCGUGACCUUGGUGAUUCGCCGCCCUUCGCCCCCCCCCCCCCGAAGAUGAUCCUCCUCUUCAUUAAUUCUGUCCCAUGCCCCCCCCCUCCCUGGCUCCUGAUUGGCUGUCGGGGGCCCGCUGUGGUAAGACCCCACAUUUAUACGGGACGGUUUCUGACAAACAGGCAGCAGCGGGGACGCUAAUGAAUCAGAGGAGAUUACAGGGUCUGAAGCAGGACCAACACAGCUCCCAUAAUGCACCAGGAGGAGGAGGGGGGGUGCACAUGUGUAAAUGUAAAGAGUUUUAUUAUUUUUGUUUUAAACUUUUCUCUUCAUUUUCUGUGGAAGCUGCAGAAGUUUGAUGUCUGUAUAAUUUAGAUUUUUUUAUCACAAAGACAGAAAAAGAAAUAAGACAGAUCUCCUGCUCUGAGGACUUUAUCUAUUUAUUUACUUUAUUAAUUUUAUUUAUUUACCUAAUUAAUUAGUUUUAUUAAUUUAUUUAUUUACUAACUUGAUUAUUAUUAUCUUUAUUUACUUUAGUAUUUUUAUUUAUUUAUUUACUUAAAUAAUUUUUAUUUCUUUUUAUUUACUUACUUUUUAUUUAUUGUUAUAUAUUUACUUACUAACUUAUUUUUAUUUAUUUUUAUUUUUAUCUCUACUUCAUUAUUUUAAUUUAUUUCAGUUAUUUAGUUACAAACUUAUUUUUAUGUUUUUUAUUUUUAUCAAUUUAUUUACUUUAUUAAUUAUUUUUAUUUACUUAUUUUUAUUUAGUUUUAUUCUUAUUUAUUUAUUAAUUUACUUAAAUAAUUUAUAUUUAUUUUUAUUUUUUACUUAUUUUUUUUUAUCUAUUUACUUACUUAAUACUUUUCUUUAUUUUUAUUUGUUUACUUACUUAUCUUUAUUUACAUAUUUAUUUUUAUUUAUUUAUUUUUAUUUAUUUAUUCGUCUGCAGAAAAAGAGCGUCUCUCUAAUAUUCCUAAUAUUUGAUGGAGUAUUCUGAUGUUUGCAGGUUCUGUGAUCUCCGUCUGCAGGGUUUGAAUGACUGUAGGUUCUGUGUGAUGCUCUGUAGGUUCUGGACGUUUCUGCGUAUGUGCAGGUUCUUCGAGAUGUUCUGCUGGGUCUGUGGAACGUCGUAGGUUUCAAUAGAGGUUCUGCAGGUUCUGUGUGUUUUGCAGGUUUUUUCCCGGUUCUUCGUUUUUUCUGCUGGUUUCAGGAUCUCUGUGGUUCUGUUGGUUCUCAUGUAGAGACGGUUUUUAUUCUGGAGAAAAAAUCCAACAAAUUAUCUGUCAGUCGUAAGAAAUACGAGGAAUCCCUGAUUUUACACGAGACGCUCAUGUUUCUUUUCUCUCUCUCUCUCUCUCUCCCUCUCUCUCUCUGUCUCUCUCUUUAAUCCCUGCAGCCGUCUGGUUUUUGUUCCUCGUCUCUCUGAUGGUUUUCUUCUUCUUCUUCCUUAGUCUGAGCUGCGGCAGCCUUCUGUGGGAGGUCAAAGGUCACCUCUGCUUUGAGUCGUAGUGAUGGCGCCAACAUGAGCGGCAGAAAAUUAAAACUGAAAAAAUAAUUUUCAGAAACAUGAAAAAACCUUUUUCCUGAUUUAAUCUCCUGAUUCAUGAAGAAUAAAUCUGAGAGACUAAAAAGAGGAUUUCAAACCCGUCACUCGUAAAAAAAGGAGAUGGUCGAAUAUUUGACGUGUUUUUAAGAAACUUUCAGCGUAUUUCUUUUUUUAUUCUGGAGUGAAUUUUGAUGAUGAUUAUCAGAAACACCUCAGAGAUAUGGAUGGAGGCCUUCGGAUAAAGAAAAUCGUCAUUCACACAUCCAGAUAACUGAAAGUUCUCAGGUUUAGAUUUUGAGUUUUUCAGCCGACAUUAGAGCAGAGACGAGGUUUCUUAGAGACAACAGAGUUUGGGAAACGCCGGAGAAAAUAGGAUUCUUUAAAUUCGUGGUUGACGAUCUGAGAAGACGUAAAAAAAACUGAUCCGUUGAGGCAGAUUUUAAAAAAAAGCGUCCCACCCCCCCUGAACCUGUACCGCCCUCCCCAGGACACGCCCCCUCUGUCAGAAGAUCCUACGCUAGCUUCAAACAGGAUCCACCAUGUCGGAUUGUUAGUGACUAACGGCAGUAAACGCCAGCUCUGCUAGCGAGCGCCGUCUGCAGCUGCCUGGACAGCUACCGUGUUGACAUGUCAGAGACUAAUCAGAGUUAUUUAUGUAACAUGAGCCACGAUAAAAGGAGAUAAAAAUGACCUGUUCAACUAAAACUCUGCUGUCUCUGCGUCUCCAAGGAUGACCCGAUGGUUAUUCACGUUAGAGUCCUCGCUUGGUCACAUGUCCUCUGUGACUCCGCCCUUUCUUCUGUCGGCUUGCGUAUUCGGAAGAGUUGGAACUACAGGAGAGGGGUGUGUCGAAUACAGCGAGGUGAUUGGAUGGAGAGGCGGAGCAGGAGAUUGACCAAUAGGAGCUGUCCGGGGCAGAUGGCUCCCAUUGGUCGAUGUUUUUGCAGCCCUGCUCCUGAUAGGGUGAACAGACUUUUCCCGUUCUUUUUUCUCUUUAUUAAUUUUAUUUAUUUACCUAAUUAAUUAGUUUUAUUAAUUUAUUUAUUUAGUAACUUGAUUAUUAUUAUCUUUAUUUACUUUAGUAUUUUUAUUUAUAUAUUUACUUAAAUAAUUUUAUUUCUUUUUAUUUACUUACUUUUUAUUUAUUGUUAUAUAUUUACUUACUAACUUAUUUUUAUUUAUUUUUAUUUUUAUCUCUACUUCAUUAUUUUAAUUUAUUUCAGUUUAUUUAGUUACAAACUUAUUUUUAUGUUUUUUAUUUUUAUCAAUUUAUUUAUUAAUUAUUUUUAUUAACUUAUUUUAAUUUAUAUUUAUUCUUAUUUAUUUAUUAAUUUACUUACCGUGUUGACAUGUCAGAGACUAAUCAGAGUUAUUUAUGUAACAUGAGAUAAAAGGAGAUAAAAAUGACCUGUUCAACUAAAACUCUGCUGUCUCUGCGUCUCCAAGGAUGACCCGAUGGUUAUUCACGUUAGAUUCCUCGCUUGGUCACAUGUCCUCUUUGACUCCGCCCUUUCUUCUGUCGUCUUGCGUUUUCGGAAGAGUUGGAACUACAGGAGAGGGGUGUGUCGAAUACAGCGAGGUGAUUGGAUGGAGAGGCGGAGCAGGAGAUUGACCAAUAGGAGCUGUCCGGGGCAGAUGGCUCCCAUUGGUCGAUGUUUUUGCAGCACUGCUCCUGAUAGGUUGAACAGACUUUUCCCGUUCUUUUUUCUCUUCACUUUGUGGAGAUCGCACUACAGGACCGUGAUCGCCAUGGAAACGAGGGUCAUAAUAAUAAUUAACAAUCUCUACAAUCGUCAGCCAUGACUUUAAGUUUAUUUCUCAGAAGAAUAAAGACAGACUGUGUUCUUCGGUUUUAUCUACACACCGUUCAACAGAGAAAGUAAUACUGAAGCACACACUCCGAAACCAUGGAGAGACUCUGCCAGAGCUAACCUGCAGCAGUGCAUUAUGGGUCAGAGAGGCCCUGGGCUCCGGUUGAAGGAUGAGUUUGAACCCUGAGAUUAAACCUUUCACCUCCAGCAGGAAACCAGCCGUCCCACCUGCCUCCACCUGAUGAGUUACAGCCGACCCAGAGAGAGAGAGAGAGAGAGAGAGAGAGAGAGAGAGAGAGAGAGAGAGAGAGAGAGAGAGAGAGAGAAAAAACAGAUGAAGAAGAAGAAGAGAAACACAAACAAAGAUCCUAAAAAAAGACGAUGCAGGUCGGACAGUAAAUCACCCAAACCUCUGCUGUAGGCCCCCUUUUCACCCAGAAUGCACUGCAGCUCCUGCUGUGGCCGGGGUCAGUAUAAACAACCAGCCGUCAAUCAGCGUGAGGGUCGAGGUAACCACGGCAACCAGAGACAAGUUCCUGAACUGAACGAGACUCUCUCAGCAGCUGUGCGGGUUUAAAAGUGAAGGACGUCAAAGGUUCGAGAGACAUCUGUGGUUGUGAUUGGACGACUGACCUGCCAAUCAACCUGAACACCUGCAUGAGUCCCACCUGUGCAAAUAAACAAACAAACACACACGGACUGUAUAUAAAAACUACCAAAGAGAGACAGAACCAGAACCAGAACCAGGACUCCGGAUCGUGUUUUACGACCACGACGUUACGAACACGGUUAUUUGUAGAGCUGCAGGUCAGUCUGACCCACUGAGUGGAACAUCAGCCAUGUUUAGGGUCAUAUUCGAACCUGAAACCCUCUUCAGAGUCAGAGGUGUUUGAACUCAGCUGCUCUUUGUUCGGUGGAUUCUCGUCUUCAGACACAUUUGAGGAUGACGGAGUUAAAACUCAACGACCAGUUUUAAAAUCGUACGUCUGACUCGAUCAGGUUUCAGGAGUUUUCUCCAAGUCCAUCAAACUAGGUUCUAAUAAAGUGAAGUACUUCCCCCUCUCUCUCUCUCUCUCUCUCUCUCUCCUGUUUCAUGUGAACAUACGUUCAUAGACGGCGGCGUGUUCGUCUCGUGGUUCUUCAGUUAAAACACAUUUAAAUUCAGAGUUUAAAGUCUUUGUGAUGAUGAAGCUCGGCGGCUCUCUGCAGCUCAGUCUCUGUUUCAGUCUCUGCAGAGGAAACUCAACUGACUGAUGAUGAAAGUCGGAGCUCCCCGUGGAGAUCAACAAACAAACAAACAAACAAACAAACAAACUAAAGAUGUUUCCCUCACAAAAACAGAGUUUGGACCCGGUACCGUCUGCAUGUAGCCGACAGUUUCUCCUUCCUCUGUCUCUGGUUGUUUCCUCAUAGACGGGGUCAGAGAUGGACCCCGAUAUCCCACGAUAACGAGUUGUCUCUCUAAAGACAGACACAUAGACAUAUAAGCAGUAGAUUGUGUCCUUCCAGAGGAGGAAAUCUACUUCUAGACUUCUAGAAUCAGCAUCUCCUCAUCCAUGGUGUCAUCGGGGUGAAAUGACGUCUAAAAACCUUUCACUUGUUCGUCUCCGUCCGAACAAAUGAAAGGUUUUGUUUUAUUUUGAAAAGAAGCCGGAUGUUUUAUUUUGAAGUCUGUGCCCGACUUCCUUUCCAGCACGGGUUAAUCUGUGCUGAAUUUAUCCGCCAUGCUCCGGCGUCCAGAAAAAAUAGAACUCUUGUGAUCAGCUGAGGAGUCCGGCGAUCCGCAGAGGAACGGAAAGAAGUCGGUGUAAAUUGACACGUUAACUUGAAUGGUUACGAUCAGCUACGAUCGGAGGAUACGACCUUUUAGGAGACGAUGGAAACGGGGGUUAAGUUUGUUGACAGUGUUGAAGGAAUGAUUGGGCAGUUUCAGCGUCUUUCAGUUCUUUUUGACAGGAAAUGACCAUAUUUGGAUGAGGGGGUUUGGGGUCACAGGUGUGUAAACUACACUCUAUUUAGAAAUCACUGAUACUCUAAACUCUGAUCUUAUUGAUAAAGCAUCCUGACGUGUGUGUGUGUGUGUGUGUGUGUGUGUGUGUGUGUGUGUGUGUGUGUGUGUGUGUUGUAAGAACAGGUUUAUGGUACGAUGUGGGGACAUGAACCUCUCAGGUCCUCAGUAACUCUCUGACCCUCAGUGUGGAGUUAAUGCUGUGGGGUCACAUGGUCCUGGUUGUCAUGGUGACACAGUCACAAUAAUGUUGUCUUAUGUUGUGUAACUUCAGUGUAAAGAGUCUCUGUUCUGUGAUGGACUUUGGUGGACCUGGUUCCUGGUGGGUCUGUGCUCCUGUUAAAGGUUCUGCAGAUCCUGACUCUUGUAGGACCGGCCUGUUUUCUGUGAGAGUUUCAGCAGCUUCUCAUUUCACUUAAUAACACUGUCAAAACUCACAGGGAGGCGGGCAGAGGGGGAGGACGGCGUCCAAUCAGAGCACAGGAGGAGAGAGGAGCCGUCCAAUCAGCUCUCAGAGGGGGAGGGGGUUUUUGGAGGCCGGCUGCUCACAUCUGGAUCUGCUCAGAGGGUCCUGACGGUGUGGUUUAUUCGAGUUUUACUGACUGCUGAUUCUCUCCUGCUGUUUCACACAGAGUGAGUCUGUCUGAGGUUCUGAUCCCAGACCUGCUGCUGGACCUUCAACACUAAUAUACAAACAAACAAACCAGGAGUGAAGAUCUCAGCUCCACAAACUCCAGACCAGACCAGUCUGAGAGACCCCCCAGAGCUGAAUGAUCUCUGA